CUUUAGCUUUAAACGAGACACCUAAAAGAAAAAUCUCUUUCAUUUUUCUCUAAUAAUUAACAUCAUUGUUUCAACUUUCAAUUCAAAAGCACAGAUUUCCCUUUCUCAUUUCAAAUCAUUGAUCCCUUUCUUUUUAUUUUUAUGUUUACUAAUGGAAGAUUCCAACAAUUUUCAUCAUCUUCGGACUGACCCUCUUCUUCUUACCGACGUUUCUUGGCAACAAAACACCUCUUUUUAUACUGAUGCAGCUAUGGCAUCUCACUCAGAGAACCCUUCAUUGUCUGAUUUAGUUUCUUCUCCUAAACAAGAUUCUGCUGAUGUAGUUGAUCCUCGGCAAUCCCAGAGCCCAAAUGUAAUUAGUACGCCUAUUAGAGAAUUUGAUGGCCGAUCUAUGCUGGGAUUUUCUCUAACGUCACCAGACCUUGUUAUAUGCGCUGGAUCACCUGAUAUUCCGUCAAAAGCCUAUGGAGAUUCCCCUGAAUUCUUGGAGAAACAUAGGUGUUCAAUUGAGGUUUCUUUAGAGAAUGGCAUUGAGGGAUCUGAUAAUAGUAAAGCUAAGCAGAAAUCCCCCACUGUAAAGUUCUCCACAGUGUGCGAAACAUUCCACAAAGAACUGUCCCCCGAAUCUUCCUUUGAGCUACUGCCAUUAAGAGAAACUGCAGACUAUUCACAACAUAAGCAUGAAGACUAUCCUGCUAUAAGCAUUAAUGCGGGGUGUUUAAAUGGAGCAGUGGAGUUGGAUGGUGUAAUUUAUUCAAACGACGAUUGCUUUGUGGGUGGUGAUGUUAUAAUUGCUGAUAGAAUUGUUGGAGAUGGAGGGGGAAAUUCAUUAUACAACACAGCUCGACUCGGUGACUUCUCAUACAACUUUUUGACAUUAGAGUGUGGCUUUUAUGCUAUUGAUCUGCAUUUUGCAGAAAUAGUUUUCACUACUGGUCCUCCUGGAAUUAGAGUAUUUGAUGUGUUUGUACAAGAAGAGAAGGUUGUGACCAGUCUAGACAUAUAUGGCCAGGUAGGCGCAAAUAAGCCUCUGGUUAUUUCUAACAUUAGAACUUUCGUUGAUAGCGGUGGGGGAUUGCUCAUUAGAUUUGAAGGUUUAAUGGGGAGUCCAAUUGUAUGUGGCAUCACUGUAAGGAAAGAUUCCCUUGAAAGUUUUAAGGAAGCUGGAUCAGAGGAAAUCAUGGGAAUGGACAAGGUGGGAGGUCAUGAGUCACCAAGAGAUAUUAGUGACUGUGAGAUAGAAGUGAAAUAUCAAAUUCUUCAAAUGGACUAUGAGCGACAAAAGAAGGAAUUAGCGGAGAUGAGGAGUGCCUUGGAGGGGCUUAAGAGGGAGAACAAACUCAAGACUAAAGAGUGUCAAGAAGCUUGCAAGUCUUUACAGGAACUCCAAAAUGAGCUUAUGCGCAAAUCAAUGCAUGUUGGUUCAUUGGCCUUUGCGAUUGAGGGACAAGUGAAGGAGAAGAGCAGAUGGUUCUCAUCAUUGAGGGACAUGACAAGAAAAUUAAAGAUAAUGAAAAUGGAACGCAUCAAACUAUCAGAGGAGGUAUCACAUUAUAAGAAUUGUAUCAUGGAUAUCAAUGAUUUUGGGACUAAAAUUCAGUCAAGAAUAAACCAGCAAGCAGAUUUGCAUGAAGAUCUCAAGACUAAAUAUCUCAAAGGGGCCAAAGAAAGGAAAGAACUGUACAACAAGGUUCUAGAACUGAAAGGGAACAUAAGAGUCUUUUGUCGGUGUAGGCCCCUAAAUUCUGAAGAAAUAGCAGCGGGAGCUUCACUGGCUAUUGACUUCGAAUCUGCGAAAGAUGGUGAACUCACUGUGAUAUCAAAUGGUGCUCCCAAGAAAACCUUUAGAUUUGAUGCUGUUUUUGGCCCUCACGCUGAGCAAGCUGAUGUUUUUCAAGACACAGCUCCAUUUGCUACCUCAGUUCUAGAUGGCUACAAUGUCUGCAUUUUCGCUUAUGGCCAGACAGGGACUGGAAAAACUUUUACAAUGGAAGGUACAAAAGAAGCCCGUGGAGUUAAUUUUAGGACUCUAGAGGAAUUGUUUCGCGUAAUCAAUGAGCGACAGAAGUUAUAUCGAUAUGAGAUAUCUGUCAGUGCAUUAGAAGUCUACAAUGAACAGAUUAGAGACUUACUGGUGUCAGGCUCGCAGCAAAGCACAAUGGCAAAAAGACUUGAAAUAAGGCAGGUGGGUGAAGGAAUGCAUCAUGUACCAGGGCUAGUCGAGGCUCAUGUAAACAACAUGAAUGAGGUGUGGGAAGUUCUACAGACUGGCAGUAACGCAAGGGCUGUUGGCUCAACCAAUGCUAAUGAGCAUAGCAGCAGAUCCCACUGUAUACAUUGUGUGAUGGUUAAGGGAGAGAAUUUGUUGAAUGGGGAAUGCACUAAAAGCAAGUUAUGGUUGGUAGACCUAGCAGGAAGCGAACGAGUAGCAAAAACCGACGUGCUCGGAGAAAGACUCAAGGAAACUCAAAAUAUCAACAGAUCUUUGUCUGCACUUGGUGAUGUCAUAUCUGCUCUUGCUACCAAAAGCUCCCAUAUUCCUUUCAGGAAUUCAAAGCUUACGCAUUUGCUUCAAGACUCUUUAGGAGGAGAUUCUAAAGCUCUCAUGUUUGUACAAAUCAGUCCAAAUGAGAAUGACCUUGGUGAGACCCUAUGCUCUCUGAACUUUGCAAGCAGAGUUAGAGGGAUAGAGUUGGGUCCGGCGAAGAAGCAAAUGGACACCUCGGAACUUCUGAGAUGGAAACAGAUGGUUGAGAAAUCAAAGCAAGACAUGAAGAUCAAAGAUCUGCAAAUCAGGAAGAUGGAGGAAACAAUUCAUGGAUUAGACUUGAAGAUGAAGGAUAAAGACCUAAAAAACAAGAACCUGCAAGAAAAGGUGAAAGAACUGGAGUCACAGCUACUCAUUGAGAGGAAGCUGGCACGUCAGCAUGUCGAUACAAGGAUUGCUGAACAGCAGCAGAAACAGCAGAACGAGGAUGUUAGACCACCUCUGGCAACACGACUUUUGGGUACUAACAAGAGUUCAAAUGAAGUUAAAAAUGGUACAUUGAUGAAAGAGCAAGUAAACCUUACUCGUCCACUUACGGAGAAUAGCUUCAGGCCUUCUAUGCCUCUUUCUGUAACAGAUGGCUCCUUCAAGCACAUUGAUCCAGUAGAAAAAGAAAACAAUCCCGAGGUUGCUGAACAACUGCGACUCCCCACGAGAACAGGAAGAGCCUCAAUGUGCCCGACAAUACGUAGAAUGCCAGCAUCCUCAGCUCCAAGGCGCAACUCAUUAAUACCAUUGCCAAGCACGCCUAGCUCAGCACAGCUUGCACCACCAUUUCACCCAUUGCCAUCACAACCGGAUAUAAUAGAAGAGGUAGACGAGUUCAUACCGGAACAAACAGUAUGCAACAGUCCUAAAGGAACGAAAAGUGGGGGUAAGAAGCUGAGCAGCAUAUUGAGACGAAGCCUACAAAAGAAAGUUCAACUAAAGUCACCAAUGCAGCAACAUUUGAGAAGAGGUCUAAAUGUGGGGAUGGAGAGGGUUAGAGUUUCGAUCGGAAGUCGAGGGCGGAUGGCCAGUAGAGUACUGGUAGGCAAUGGUAGAAAAGGAGGCAAGGAAAUUCAGCAGAAACAAAACCAAAAGGAAAAGGAGAGAGCAUGGAAUAUUGGGAGGACUGCAAUCUAACAGCUUUUUAAGAUUCAUUCCUAUUUAUUGUAAUCCAAUGUACAGUUGAAUAUGUAUUCCUUUGUUGCCUUAUGCAACAGCUUAAAAAAAACACAAAACAAAAGUGUGUAGAGAUCUCUUCCUAGAUGAUGCUGUGUUUGGUUUCUUGUGAUUGCUAAUAGUAAAUGGAUUGUUUAAAAUUAUGUGA